AUGUAUGUGUUGACUCACCAAAACUCGCUCGACUCGCCCGACUCACCAGGACGCCAAACAUCACCGGACUCACUAGACUGCCCAGACUCGUCCCAAACUCACCCGGACUCACAAGGACUCGCCAGACUCACCAGGACUCGCUCGGACUCGCCCGACUCGCCAAGGACUCGCUCAGACUCGCCCGGACUCGCUCAGACUCACCAGGACGCGCCCCGGACUCGUCAGACUCGCCGGAUCACACAGGACUCGCCAGACUGCACCAAGACUCGCCCGGACUCACCAAGACUCGCUCAGACUCACCAGGACUCGCCCAGACUCACCAGGACUCGCCCAGACUCACCCGGACCUCAACCAGGACUCGCCCGGACUCACCAGGACUCGCCCAGACUCACCAGGACUCACCCAGACUCACCACUCAGGUACUCGCUCGGACUCACCCAGGACUCUUUCCUCUCGUCCACGAAAUGUAUCCUUAUGGGAGUAGCUCGACGAGGGACUCUGGACCGGGGAGGCACGGAGCGAGACAUGGACUCGCUCAGACUCACCCGGACUCGCCAGACUCACCAGGACUCGCUCGACUCACCAGGACUCGCCCAGACUCACCAGGACUCGACUCACCAGGACUCGCCCAGACUCUCUCAACUCACCAGGACUCGCCAGACUUCUCGGACUCACUCGCCAGACUCACCAGGACUCGCCAGACUCACCAAGGACUCGCCCGGGACUCUUUCCUCUUUCCUCGUCACGAAAUGUAUCCUUAUGGGAGUAGCUCGACGAGGGACUCUGGACCGGGGAGGCACGGAGCGAGACAUGGACUCGCUCAGACUCACCAGGACUCGCCCAGACUCACCAGGACUCGCCCAGACUCACCAGGACUCGCCCAGACUCACCAGGACUCGCGGACUCAACUCGCUCAGACGGACUCGCCCAGACUCACUCGACUCAGACACCAGGACUCGCCCUCAGGACUCGGGACUUCACCAGGACUCGCCCAGACUCACCAGGACUCGCCCGGACUCUUUCCUCGUCACGAAAUGUAUCCUUAUGGGAGUAGAGGGACUCUUGGCCGGGGAGGCACGGAGCGAGACAUGGACUCGCCCAGACUCACCCGGACUCGCUCAGACUCACCAGGACUCGCCCAGACUCACCAGGACUCGCUCAGACUCACCAGGACUCACUCACCAGGACUCGCCAGACUCACCAGGACUGGACUCAGACUCACCAGGACUCGCCCAGACUCACCAGGACUCGCUUCAGACUCACAGGACUCGCCCAGACUCACCAGGACUCGUCACGAAAUGUAUCCUUAUGGGAGUAGCUCGACGAGGGACUCUGGACCGGGGAGGCACGGAGCGAGACAUGGCUGAUUCUCGGACUUUGAGACUCGCCCGGACUCGCCCGGACUCACUGGACUCGCUCAGACUCACCAGGACUCGCCAGACUCACCAGACUCACCCAGACUCACCAGAACUCGCCCAGACUCACCAGACUCGCCAGGAGACUUCGCCCAAACUCGCAGGACUACUCACCAGGACUCGCCCGGACUCUUUCCUCGUCACGAAAUGUAUCCUUAUGGGAGUAGCUCGACGAGGGACUCUUGGCCGGGGAGGCACGGAGCGAGACAUGGAUGCUCUUGGAACCCCAGCCUCCGCCAGCAUCCUUUUUAGUCUCAGUGGGAGAUGA